CAGGUACAUGAGCCAAUAAGUCCCCUGCCUUUUCGGAUCCUCCCACGUCUUCGGAAACCGGUGAGUGAAACAACAGAGAGCCAAGUUUCUACGUCCUUCGAGAAGCGACUUGACUAUGCAUUUAUAGGCUUUGCUCCGCCUGAAAGUGUCCAAAUACAGAUUUGGCUUCGUUGGCACAUCCAGCUUCAACACAAUUCCCAAGAUUAUUAAGAGCCAGAUCGUUUCGCAUCUUAUCCGUUUCGCGAUUUUACCUCCUUCUGUCUACACAAGAUGCAGUACAAACCUCUCGACAAGACGAAGAACGAGAUCCGUGUUCUCAAGUUUAUGAAUUCUUCCAGCCCAGUCUCAAGCGAAGACACCAUUCGAUGCUCUAUCGGAAACGUCUCGCUGGGAAUUUCUCGCCACUUUCAAUCGCACCAAGACUCCUCGCAGGGUCAGAAAUCUCCGAUAGCAUGGGAUAGAUUUACCAAGUCUGUAGAUCUCCGAGACUCAACCCUUGAACAGACGACCCUCGAUAAGGCCACACAUACUGGCCUACGUCGAAGUCUUGAUCAGCAUAGCAACUCUCGUUACACAUGGGGAGACUUCGAAGCCCUGUCGUAUACAUGGGGCGACGCAGACGAUAAAAAAGGAAUCAUCGUAAACGGAAUUCCUAAAGACGUUCCACGAAACCUCGAGGAAGCGUUGAGAGCCCUGCGAGGCCUUCAAGAAACACGUUCUAGCAUGUGUUACUGGGUAGAUUCUUUGUGCAUUGAUCAGGGAAAUAUCGAAGAGCGGAAUGAACAGGUCAAGCGCAUGAAAGAUAUAUACGGUCGAGCUAGAGCUGUCGUAGUCUGGUUGGGUCAAGAAGAGGAGAUGGACAGGAUUGCAGUCCAGACAAUGCACCAUCUUUGCCGGAAUCCCUGUGUCAAAAACACGUUGCAACUCCCAGCCGUUCUGCUUGACGGAUGGUCCGCCCUUUUCGCCUUUACCCAAAAACCAUAUUGGAAUCGAUGUUGGAUCAUUCAGGAGCUCGCCAUGAACCAUAAUUCGACUUUGUUCAUGUGCGGAAAAUACAAGCUGACACGGCGGAUGUUACGUUUGGGUGCUCUUUACUGUCAGGAAUUUUUGCAGGUAUCAGAGGACCGAAAUUAUCAAUCCAAGCACGACUUGGAACUUGCUGCUUGGGCUAUGGCUGGUCGCAUGUAUCGCUUAGCAAGUCUUGUAUUCGAUGCCGAUGUUGGAUUAGGAUUGGACCCUUUGUUGAAUCUUGUUCGUCGAGCCGACGCAACUGACAAGAAGGACAAAGUUUACAGCAUACUCGGCUUGUUGGACCCUAGCAUCUCCUCACGUAUUACACCAAACUACUCGCUCCCGGUGCAGCAAGUCUAUACAGACUUCAUGAAAUCUGUUAUCGAUGCAUCAGAAAGACUAGAUCAAAUCGUCUUUAGAGGUAUUCCGGCUGAGGAUGGCUGGUCAUCAUGGGUACCCGACUGGAGAGAGCUUUUCCAGCGUCAUCACAUCCGAUAUUUGAGGUCUCGACAAGCGAGCGGAAAUCCAGCUGCUCAAUUCAGGUUUAUCAAGAAAGGGAAGGGCCUUACUUCUCUUGCCUGCAACGGGUUCUGGGUUGACACAGUCGAUGGCAUCGCAGCCGAGCCUUCGCUAGACUGUCACGCUACCAAGUCAACAACUACCUCGGAUAGAUAUGGCGGUCGAACAUCAGAAGCCCUCCAUCAGAGCUUCCGUAUGGGCCAUCCUGCAAUGCAGACUGAGCUACUAUUCAAAGUCCCGUGGAAUAUUAUCCGCGACACUGAUGACAGCCAUGCCAAUUUCACCUCAAAUCCGGAUUGGCUUGAACUCUCUCAAUCGAGUUAUUUUGAGCGAUUCAACAACUUCAGAGAGCACAAUAAAGACUUUCGAAUCGGCGGCCAGAAAUUUCAAACUUUCUUCCCACAAUCCGAUGACCACAGUGUGGAUAUCGCGUUUACUCUACGGUGUAUGCGUUUAGCUCUACUUUCUCUGGAUCACAGAGCUCUGAUAACGACAACAAGUGGCUAUUUCGGUAUGGCUCCGGUAGCGACUCGAUCAGGAGACGUCAUUGCUAUCUUACUCGGUUGUAACUGUCCAGUUGUCUUAAGGCCGUGCGAUGAUGGUCUCUACCGAAUUAUCGGAGAAUGCUACAUUCAAGGGCUCAUGAAUGGAGAAAUACUCAAUCAAGAGCAGGAAGGACUCGUUACAAAGCAUGAAUUCGUCUUGUGCUAGGAAGACAAUCAGGGAGAGAAAGCGCAACUACGACGUGCGCCCCCAAUCACACCUCUGGCUCCUCAUCCCCAAUAUGUGGAUACUCGAAGUCAACCUCAACCACAAACCUACCCUUCUAAAACAAGCCCUCAACCUACCGCCUUAUCGCCCUGUUCGUUACCUCAUCUACCUCCCAAGCUCCCGUCUCAACG